CGACUUGCCGAAGCUUACCAGAAUUAUUUUAUUUAAAGUCCAAACGCCGAAGCAACAGGUUGUUUCAGUGCUUCCAAAUAAAUAUUUUUAUUUAAAGAAUCUUCGAGAUAUUAAAAGAAAUGGCUGACAGCAAGUUCCUAACAUUCAAUAAUGGCGAAAAGAUGCCCAUAAUUGGCAUCGGCACCUGGCAGGCAUCUGAUGAGGAAAUUGAAACCGCGAUUGAUGCCGCCCUGGAGGCGGGUUAUCGCCAUAUAGACACGGCGCCAGUCUACGGCAAUGAAGCGGCCAUUGGACGAGUCCUAAAGCGCUGGCUGGACUCCGGAAAGGUUAAGCGAGAGGAUCUCUUUAUCGUAACCAAGUUGCCUCCAAUUUCCAACCGCCCCCAUGAGGUGGAGCCGACCAUCACCAAAUCACUGGCUGAUCUCCAACUGAAGUAUGUGGACCUUUAUCUUAUCCACACCCCAUUCACCAUCAACAUCAAUGAGGAUGGAAGCUUCAAGCUAGAUAAAGAUGGCCUAAUGGAGGUGGACGUGACCACCAAUCAUGCCGCCACCUGGGCCGCCAUGGAAGCCCUUGUGGAGAAGGGUCUGGCCAAGUCCAUCGGCGUGUCCAACUUCAGCAAGGAUCAGGUGGCCCGAUUGCUGAAAAACUGCAAGAUCCGGCCGGCCAACAACCAGAUCGAGCACCACAUCUACCUGCAGCAGCGUGAUCUGGUGGACUUCUGCAAGGCGGAGAAUGUAACCGUCACCGCCUACUCCCCGCUGGGAUCCAGGGGAAUAGCCAACUUCAAUGCUGGCGCCGGCAUAGUCAGAGAGGUGCCCAAUCUGAUGGAAAUUCCCGAAGUUAAAGAAAUCGCCGCCGCUCAUGGCAAAACUCCAGCCCAGGUUCUGCUGCGAUGGAUAGUGGACACUGGAGUAUCUGCCAUUCCCAAGAGCACUAAUCCCACUCGGUUGAAGCAAAACCUCGACAUCUUUGACUUCAAACUGACGGCCGAGGAGGUGGCCAAGUUGAGUAGCUUGGACAAGAACUUCCGCGUUUGUGACUUUGCUUUCUUCCACGGUGUGGAGAGGCACCCGGAGUUUACCUUCCAAAAUCAGUACACCAACUAAGUUAAUAAUAAUGCAAACAAAUAUUCAUUACUCAGAUCACUUUAAUUGUGAUUUUUGUUAUUUAACCAAUAUUUUCUUAAAUCUGAUAUUUUAAAAACACUUCAAAAAUAUAAUUUAUAUUAUAUAUAGCGAAAA